AUGAGUCCAUUUGGUGAAACAUUUAGAAAUUAUAUUCGAAUGUAUCCAGCAUUAGUUAAUUGUACAACAGUUAUUAAUUUUUCUGAAUGGCCACACGAAGCUUUGAUUGAUGUAGCUCAUUAUUUUUUGGCGAAAUUUAAUUUUGAAUUAGAACAUAAAGAAAUAAUUCAUCGUACAUUAGCUAAUCUGUGUGCUUUUAUUCAUCUUUCAUCAAAAACUUUAGCAAUUCGAAUGAAAGAUGAACUUCGUCGAGAAAUUUAUAUUACACCAACAAAUUAUCUUCAAUUUGUUAGAAAUUAUAGCCGUUUGUUCGAAGGAGAAAAAGCAAAGAUUCAACAUGAAUAUAAUCGUCUUCAAAUGGGUAUUAUUAAAGUAGCUGAAACUCGAGAAAAAGUAGCUGAAAUAUCAUUAGAAUUAGAAAAGAAAAAAGUUCUUGUGGCACAAUUACAACGAGAAUGUGAAGAUUUUUUAGGAAAAAUUGUUGAACAAAAAAAUAGUGCUAGUGAACGAGAACGACAAGUACAAGCAUUUGGUGUACGUAUUGGUGAAGAAGAAAUUCGAUGUCAAACUAUAGCAGCAGCUGCACAUGAAGAAUUAACUGAAGUUGAACCAUUAUUAAUUAAAGCAAAUGAAGCAUUAGAACAAUUAACAAAACGAGAUAUUGGCGAAGUAAAAGCAUAUGUACAUCCACCAAGUCAAGUAGAAAAAGUGAUGAAAGCAUUGAUGAUUUUAAAGGGCAAAGAAGAUACAUGGGAAGAAGCAAAAAAAGAUUUGGCUAAUGUGGAUUUUAUCAAAACACUCAUUAAAUUUCCGAAAGAUGAUAUAACAGAUCGAACACUUCGUCGUAUGCAACCAUUUAUUAGUGAUAUGGAAUUAGUACCAGAAAAAUUAAAAACUGUAUCAAGUGCUGCUAGUGCAUUAUGUACUUGGAUACGUGCUAUUGAAUCUUAUGCACGUGUUUACCGUAUUGUACAACCAAAAAAAGAACGUUAUCAUAAAGCAUUAUUUGAAUUAAAUGAAAAACAAAAUUUAUUAGAACAAUCAAAAAAUGAAUUAUUAAAUAUUCAAAACAAAAUCGAAAAAUUACGUUUAGAUUAUGAAUUAAAAAUCAAAGAAAAAGAUACUUUGCAACGAAAUGCUGAUGAAACAGCUAUGUUUUUAGAUCGAGCAACAAAAUUAUUAGAUGGUGUUGCUGAAAAACGAACUAUAUGGGACAUGACAUCAAAUAAAUUGAAAGAAAAUCUUGAUAAUCUUCUAGGAAAUAGUCUUCUUGCUUGUGCAUUUCUAUCCUAUAUGGGUCCAUUUUUGUCUAAUUAUCGAGAUGAAAUUAUACAUCAAAUUUGGGAAAAAGAAUUAAUGCGUAAUGGGAUUCAUUUUAAAACUGAUUUUAAUUUCGCAAAUUUUAUGACAACACCAAGUGUUAUUCGUGAAUGGAAUAUUCAAGGUUUACCACAUGAUAAUUUCUCAACAGAAAAUGCUAUUUUAGCAACACGUACUUUAUCGUAUCCAUUAUUUAUCGAUCCUCAAAGUCAAGCAACUAAAUGGAUAAGACAGAUGGAAAAAUCCAAUGGUUUGAAAAUAAUUGAUUUACAAAUCGGUGAUUAUAUGAAAAUAAUUGAAGAAUGUAUUAAACUAGGUCGACCAUGUUUGUGUCAAAAUAUACAUGACGAUAUACCACAAACAUUAAAUCCAAUAUUAAUAAAAUCAAUAAAAAAACAUUCUGAUACAAAUUCUAAUUUAAUUCUUCAAUUAGGCGAUCGAGAAAUUGAUUAUAAUCCAUCAUUUCGUUUUUAUUUAUCUACACGUCUUUCUAAUCCACGAUAUAAACCAGAAAUAUAUUCAAAAGUAAAUAUAAUCAAUUUUGCUAUUAAAGAACAAGGUUUAGAAGAACAAUUACUUGGUAUUGUUGUACGAAAAGAAAAACCUGAUUUAGAAAAUUCAAAAGAUAAUUGUAUUGUUAAUAUUGCAAAUAAACAUAAAGAAAAAGAAAUUUUAGAAGAAGAAUUUCUACGGCUUUUAUCUGAAACAGAAGGAAGUUUAUUAGAAAAUGUAAAAGUAUUUCAAGCAUUAGAUUUAUCUAAACAAUCACAAAAAGAUAUUGAUGAAACAUUAAAAAUUAAUGAAGAUUUAGAAAUCAAAAUUGAUUUAAUGAGAGAAAAUUAUCGAUUAGUUGCACAACGAGCAGCUGUUCUCUUUUUUGUUUUACAAGAUUUAACCUCAAUUGAUCCAAUGUAUCAAUAUUCACUUGAUGCAUAUAUUCAAUUAUUUAUUUUAUCAAUUGAAAAAAGUCCAAGAUCAUUAAAAUUAAAUGAACGUAUUGAAAAAUUAAAUGAUUAUCAUACUUAUGCCGUAUAUAAAUAUGGAUGUCGAGGUCUUUUUGAACGUCAUAAACUUCUAUUUUCAUUUCAUAUAUGUACUAAACUUAUGGAUGCUGAAAAUCGAAUAAUUCAUGAAGAAUAUCAAUUUUUUAUACGUGCUAAUACAUUAACAAUUGAUCGUGAAACUCAAUUUUCUAAUCCCUUUCCAACAUGGUUAAAUGAAACACGAUGGGAUCAAAUGAGUGAACUAAUUCGUUUGCCUGAUUAUCGGUUUUUACGUGAUUCAUUUGAUCAAUUUCCUAAAGAUUGGAAAGAAUGGUAUGCAACUAUCUUAAUUCGUACUCAAAAAACAGCGAUGUAUGAGACCUUAUUUCAGCUAACGACGAGUUUUAUUACUAAUUAA